AUGACCAACAAUGGCUCAACUCCAGCUUUUGAUCCGCCCAAGAGAAAAAAGAAAAACAUGUUUGCUGUUCUUUGUGGCGUUUUAGCUUCCAUGAAUUCUAUGCUAUUGGGAUAUGAUAUUGGAGUGAUGAGUGGAGCAUCAAUCUACAUAAAGAAGGACUUGAAUAUCAGCGAUACACAAGUGGAAAUUCUAGCCGGAAUCCUCAACGUCUAUUCUCUGAUUGGAUCGGCGGCGGCAGGACGAACCUCGGACUGGAUCGGACGCAGGUACACUAUAGUCCUGGCUGUUAUAAUCUUCUUCGCCGGUGCACUGUUGAUGGGUUUCGCCACAAACUAUGCAUUCCUCAUGUUCGGACGCUUUAUCACCGGUAUCGGUGUGGGCUAUGCUAUGAUGAUUGCCCCAGUCUACACCACCGAGGUCGCACCCGUUUCCUACCGUGGCUUCCUCUCGUCUCUCCCAGAAGUCUUCAUCAACAUUGGUAUAUUAAUUGGAUAUUGUGCAAACCUUGGAUUUUCCAACUUCCGACUGGACUUGGGUUGGCGACUCAUGCUCGGUAUCGCAGCCGUUCCAGCAGUUUUCUUGGGGAUCGGUGUCUUAGCCAUGCCCGAGUCACCGCGUUGGCUAGUCAUGCAGGGUCGACUCGGCGAGGCAAAGAAAGUUCUCUACAAAACUUCAGAUUCCGACGAAGAGGCCGAGUUCAGACUUGCGGACAUCAAAGAAGCCGCCGGAAUCCCCCUAGACUGCACCGACGACGUCGUUGAGCCGGUCAAGCUCAAGAAAGGCGACCCCGUUUGGAAAGAUUUACUCGUCCAUCCAACACCGGCCGUCCGCCAUAUCUUGAUCUCCGCCAUAGGUCUACACUUCUUCCAACAAGUCACCGGCGUGGACGCCGUCGUUUUGUACAGCCCUAGAAUCUUCGAGAAGGCCGGUAUCGACGACGACAACAAGAAGCUGCUGGCGACCAUGGCGGUCGGAUUCGUCAAAACCAUCUUCAUCUUGGUGGCGACGUUCAUGGUGGAUAAGUUCGGACGCCGACCGUUGCUCCUCACCAGCGUGGGUGGUAUGAUCGUGUCACUUUUUUUUCUGGGUUUGGGUUUGACCGUCAUCGAUCAGUCGACUCAUACGAUACACUGGGCCGUCGUUUUGUGCCUGGUAACCAUCUUAUCAAAUGUUGGAUUCUUCUCCAUCGGGUUGGGUCCGAUCACGUGGGUGUAUAGCUCCGAGAUAUUUCCGUUGAAGCUACGAGCUCAAGGUUGUAGUUUCGGAGUUGCGGUGAAUAGGGUUAUGAGUGGUACUAUCUCCAUGACUUUUAUCUCUCUCUACAAGGCCAUCACUAUUGGUGGGGCAUUCUUCUUGUUCUCAGGGAUCUCAGUGAUUUCUUGGGUUUUCUUCUAUACACUGCUACCCGAAACAAAGGGCACGAGUCUUGAAGAUAUGGAGUUGUUGUUUGGAACGUUUUUCAAGUGGAAAUCAAAUGCCAAGGAACUAAAGAAGAAGAAGAUGAUGAUGAUGAUGGACGCUGAGAUUGAGAUGGGAAGUAACAGCCAACCUUAGGUUGAGUGGGUCAAAUACUGUAUUUGUUAUAGGUAAAGUUUUUUAUGUCAUUUAAUUGUCGUGGCCCCCUUCCCGCUCUGUUAAAUGAUCUUUGGGAUCAAAGAAAAUGGAAGUGUGGUGAGUAGUGGACAUAGAAUUUCUCCAACUCAACUUUUGUUGUAACUAACUUUUUCUUUUUCUUUUUAUUUAUUUUUAUUUUUUUUAAGUUAUAAAAAUGUCCCCACUUAAAAAAAAUAAAAAUAAAAAUAAAAAUAAAAAAUAAAAAAUAAAAAUUUCUUGCCGUUACCUAAUGUCCUAUUUGUUAGAGCGCAACUCU